GAGGGAUUAUCGACUCGGAUCGAGUAUAUCGUCAAGUUAUUAGUUACAUCGUCACCAAUAGAUGGCACUCGUAGAACUCUAGGGCGCGCCAACGCGCGGUCACAUGAUCGUCACAUCCGCUACAUUAUUUCAUUAUUUCGUCCUCGUCCCCGCCCGCCAACGGCGCCAACUCCGACCACUCCGCCGCGCGCGAUGUGAUCGAUGUGAUACAUUUCAAGUUUCAAACGCUCGAAACGCUCAAAAUUGACAUGUAGAGAGUCAAGUGUAACGUUGGAAACUGUUGGAUCGUCGCAGUCGCAUAAUGCGUUUCGUGAAACGUCUCGGUUUUCUCAACGUUACCGCCUUGGUCUGUUAUUAUUACAUAUUUGGAAAUGUAAUCGCUGCCGAUGAUGAUUCCAACCGCAACUUUGGACGCAUGUACAAAUGGAGGAAUCUACAAGAAGGCUUUGAAGAGGCGAAAAUUUGCAGGAAACCGAUAUUUCUGCUAAUUUACAAACCGGGCUGUCCGACUUGCGAGAAAUUGAAACCCAAGUUCAGCAACUCUAUCAGAAUCCUCGAUCUCAGUCAGCGCUUCGUUAUGGUGAGUGUGAGGAAAGGUGAAAUUCACCCGCAAGACGAAGUAAAAUUUCAACCAGAUGGAACCUACGUUCCAAGAAUCCUCUUCUUCACUCCGGACGGCGAAUUUAUGAAGGAUAUUUAUAAUCGUCAUCCGAAAGCCGAUGAUAAAUUUAAAUAUUUCUACAGCGGUACGAGUCAAAUAAUAGAUAGCAUGCUUUUGGCAUUGGAACGUUGUUCCGAAAAAUCGUUAAACGGUACGCUUGAUGACGAAACAAAAAGAAAGUAAUACAUUUGUCAAAUGUCAAUCUGCGAUAUAUACAAUUUGCUGGACUUUGCUGAAAAUAAAUUUACCUUGUUAUUAAAAAAUACAAUAUA